AAGGACCUCUUCUGAGGAGAGCAAGCCCGAGCAAGGUGACUCAGAAGAAGACAAGGUCCUCUCAGUAGCAGAUGCUCGGAGAGCCUUUGAGGCGUCAAGCUCUUCCAAACGCAAAGUACUGGUUAGUCACUCCAAAAGAGAAACGAUGAGGCGUGUGGUUCGACAAAGUAAAUUCCGGCAUGUCUUUGGGCAGGCUGUGAAGAAUGAUCAGUGCUAUGAUGACAUCAGAGUUUCCCGGGUUACCUGGGAUAGCUCAUUCUGUGCGGUUAACCCCAAAUUUGUUGCCAUAAUCAUAGAUGCGAGCGGAGGCGGAGCUUUCCUAGUGCUGCCAUUACUGAAGACUGGGAGAAUCGACAAGUCCUACCCGACAGUGUGUGGUCACACAGGUCCGGUGCUGGACAUUGACUGGUGUCCUCAUAAUGACAACGUGAUCGCUAGCGGCUCUGAAGACUGCACGGUCAUGGUAUGGCAAAUCCCAGAUGGUGGCCUAACCAUUCCGCUCACGGACCCUGUGGUAGUGUUGGAAGGACAUUCCAAGAGGGUAGGCAUUGUGACAUGGCACCCGACAGCCCGGAACGUGCUGCUCAGUGCAGGUUGUGAUAAUAUUGUUUUGAUAUGGAAUGUGGGUACCGGGGAGGCUCUAAUCUCCCUAGAGGAUAUGCACAACGAUAUGAUAUUCAGUGCCAGCUGGAACCGAAAUGGCAGCCUCAUUUGUACGGCUUCCAAGGACAAGAAGCUUCGUGUUAUUGAUCCACGCAAAAUGGAAAUAGUAGCGGAGAAAGAUAAAGCACACGACGGAGCUCGGCCCAUGAGGGCAAUCUUUUUAUCUGAUGACAGCAUUUUUACCACUGGGUUCAGCCGUAUGAGUGAACGCCAGUUAGCAUUGUGGAAUCCGAAAAGUAUGGACGAGCCUAUUGCACUACAUGAAAUGGAUACAAGCAAUGGAGUCUUGCUGCCUUUUUAUGACCCCGACACUAGCAUCAUCUACUUAUGUGGCAAGGGCGACAGUAGUAUUCGGUAUUUUGAGAUCACAGAUGAAUCGCCUUACGUUCACUACCUCAACACUUUCAGCAGCAAGGAACCGCAGCGAGGAAUGGGUUACAUGCCAAAGCGGGGUCUGGACGUUAACAAGUGUGAGAUUGCCAGGUUCUACAAACUUCAUGAGAGGAAGUGUGAGCCAAUUAUCAUGACUGUGCCCAGGAAGUCUGAUCUUUUCCAAGAUGACUUAUACCCAGAUACUUCCGGCCCAGAGGCUCCCAUGGAAGCCGAAGAGUGGUUUGAUGGAAAAAAUGCUGAUCCAAUUUUGAUUUCCCUAAAAGAUGGGUACACGCCAAGCAAAAACCGGGACCUGAAUGUGGUUAAGAAGAAUAUUUUGGGAAGCAAGCCAUCUGCGCAGAAGAAGUAUGACCCAUCCAGCGCCCACAAAGCAGCACCACAAACUUCUAGUCCUGCCAACGAUGGAAAGUUGGAUGAGGUAAUGAAGGAAGUGCGUUCGAUGAAAGAUCUCAUCAAAGCCCAGGAUGAACGCAUCUCCAAAUUAGAAGACCUAAUCGCCAGUCUCACCAACAAUGAUGCGUCUGAGGAAUGAAACAAGCAAAGUCUUAACUGAGCUGGAGGUGCCCACUGCCAGAUCACAUUCCACCCCCAUCACUUUCCUCCAGGUCCUAGCAAUGAUCAGCAUUCCAGCACAGACUGUAUCCACCUUUCCCAUUCAAACACAGAGACAUUCCACCUGCCCCCCUUCCACCAGGUGCCUCCACUCUUGUGCCAUUUCAGAAGUUUAGUUGGCUGCCUGUUACUGAACUCCUGAAGUGACACAAUCUGUUGAUACCCUAACCAUUAUGUGGGCCUCAGUCAAAAGUGGAAAGGAUUUAAGAGAAGCCUCUGCUUAAAACCAACAAACUUUUUGUUAAUUAAAAGCCAAGAUUUUUACCCUCAUCAUUCAAGUGUUACAUGACAAUACUUCCUGUUUCCAAGAUCAGUAUAUAGAUAUUUUUUUUAUUCUGGUUCUGAUCAGAAUUUUCUGGGUAGGCAAGGGUGUAUGAAAUAGAUGGACCUAUGCCACAUUUUUUAUUUUUAUUUUUUGUUUUUUCAAUUUCAAUUAUUUUAUUUUUUUCUUGCCAAAAAUAUAUUGGGACCAUGCAUCAUAUAGUAUUUUUAUUUUUAAUGUAAAGGAGGAAGCACUGUGUUACUGUCUGGAAUCGCAAGAAAAUAAUUACCCAUAAAAGCUUCAUGAGUUUUAUAUAAAUCUUUUUUGCUAUUGUGUGCAGUAAAAUUUCUUUUGCGUGUGCAUCAGAAGCGCUGAAAGGGUGGAUAACAUUUGGGAAAGUUUGCAGCCUUUUCGUCUUAGUUAAGCGAUGUCGAGGAACGUUUUUAUGUAUUGUUUAGAGCUUGUCAGUAUUUUAUCGCGGAAGGUAAAAUAUAGUAUUCCAGGAAAAGAGACACUCGUAAGGAUUUGGUGAACAUCUCAGCGGUCAUGGCUGUUAUACUGAUCAUUAAUAUAAGAAUUUCUAAGCCAGAAUGGCUUUGACUGCUGCUAGGUAUCUCCACGUGACUGUGCUUUGUGCACCCUGCAGCAGCAGCCCUUGCGUUGCUGUCAGUGUUUGUUAAGAAGCUGCUGUGCCGCUUCUGCGUAAAUAUAAUUCUGCUUUAAAAGGGAAAGAAGUGGCACAUUAUUCCACACACUUUUUUCUUCUCCAGAGGUGUCCAGUUGAUUAAAACGUGUGUUCUUGACACCAUGCCUAUUAGUUGUCUGAAUGACACCUAGUCCAUCUUCAUCACUAUAUGCCAUACCGCUCCAUAAGCCUUAGCGUUAUGGUUAGUUUUAAUGUUUGUUCCAGGUUUUUGUUCCUUUUUUUUUUUUCCACUGAAGGUAGAAGGGAAUUGUAAUUAUCUUAAAGGGUUAGCAAAGAUCUUCCAUGUUUUUAACUAGCAGCACUCUGGGAAGCUCAGCAACCAAAACUGAAGAGCGGUGUUACUGUUCUGUUACCAACAGGCUUUUUUUUGCAGUAUAAAAGGUAUUGCAUGGAGCUGAAUACAAUGACUUUGUAAGACAUACAGGGUAUGGCGGUUCAAAGUAACUAUAGCUUGGUAACUGUGAGCUUAAGGUUUUUUUUUUUUUUUUAAAUAUAGAUCU